UCAUUUGCGGCAGUGUCGGCAUGGUAGCGACGGUGACUAGAAGUCUACACUGAACACAUACUCACUCGACACACGCGUGAUUGUUGCAUCAUAAUUGAACCAUGUCGUCGGAUAAAGUAUUCCAUUCACGGUCAGAAGGUAUCCCGUCUGAGGGUGUAAAGGACCAGUACGCAGAUGGAAAGGCAGCCAGAGUGUGGAAGAAGUACAUUGGGGACAGUAAUCAAAGAACUAAAAACUAUAGAGACUUUUUAACGGGACUUCUGAAAAAGCACGGUUGUAACCGAGUUUUGGACGCGGCGUGCGGCACCGGCAUAGACUCGAUGAUGCUGGUCGACGAAGGUUUUAGUGUGGUCUCAGUGGAUGCUUCUGAUAAAAUGUUGAAACAUGCUUUAAAAGCCAGAUGGGAAAAAAGAAAAGAUACUAAAUACGACGAAUGGGUAAUUGAAGAAGCGAGCUGGCAAACACUCCCCCAGGACGUUGAAACCUUCCUACCUGGUGCGUCAUUCGAUGCAGUCAUAUGCCUCGGAAAUUCAUUCGCCCAUUUGCUUGACGAAUAUGAGGAUCAGAGAACACAGAAAAUGUGCUUAAAAAAUUUCGCCAAAGUGUUGAAACCUGGUGGCCUGUUGUUUAUCGAUCACAGGAAUUAUGACGCGAUGAUCAAUAGCGGCGCGACACCUGGACAUUCUAUUUAUUACAAUUGCAAAUAUCCUGUUGACAUCAAAACCUCUGUAUUAGUGGUACGUGGUAAGCCGGAGUUGGUGGCGCUCGACUACUGUAUUGAUGCUACAGACGAUGGUCUCAUUACGGAAAAGAGUGAAUUCCGUUUGUGCUACUUCCCACAUCGAUUGCACAGUUUCACUCGGAUGCUAGACGAGGCGUUUGACAACCGCGCGCAGCACAGCAUCUACGCAGACUUCCAGCCGCUGGAGCGCGUCGACAACCCCGCUUACUACAUCCACGUCAUGCAGAAAGCGCUUGACUGACAACUUGUACAUAGCCAAAAAUAAUAUAUUUUUAUACGUAGUUCGUAAUGUUUUUUAUAAUCUUUAUAAACAGUGUAUAAUUAAUAACUUAAAAGAGGUUCAAAACAUGGCAAUCAUAUUAUAUAUAAAAUAAUAUAUUUAUGUCAAAAUAAUUUACUAAUUCUAUAUAACAAAAAAUUAUAAAUCUUUACAUGGGUAAAAAUCUGUAAAAAUGCAAAUCUGUGAUAACUAGAUUAUUUUUGCUCUUUUCUAAGUGCAAACAAUACUAUUGCUUACACAGUAAGUGAAUCAUGUACCUUUCAAUUAUUAUAAAACAAAAUUGUAAUACUUAUUGCUAAAAGUCAAUAAAUUGUUAAUUUAAAUUGGUAUAUUUUUUUUAAUACUCAGAUGAGUAUUUUAAAUAUGUCAUGCAGGUAUUUAUUCUUGUCAAUUAGACUACAUACUGAGACUAAAAUCGGAGUUAGUUAAAUAAGGGUAAAUAUUUUACACCUGAAGUUUGUCACGGUCGAAACAAACGUCCUUGUUUAUAGUAUUGUGGUGUUGACUUUACCACAAGUUUACUAAAAAUAUAUAGUUACUAAAUAGUAUAAAGUAUAUGUUUAGCGAGUGACGAGCCGGUUGGCGUGGUUGGUAGAUACUUGCCUUUUCACGCUGAAGGUUGUGGGUUCGAUUCCCACCCAGGACAGAUGUUUGUGUGCAUGAACAUGUCUGUUUGUCCUGAGUCUGGGUGUUUUCUAUAUAAUUAUGUAUUUACAAAAUAAAGGUAGUAUAUCAGUUGUCUGGUUCCCAUAACACAAGCUUUGUACAAGCUUAAUUUUGGAUCAGAUGGCCGUGUGUGAAAAAUGUCCCAGGAUAUUAUUAUUAUUAUUAUAUGUUAUUUAUAUUUAUUUAGUCUACUCUCAUUUAAAUUAUUUUCUAUUCCUUUAUUUAUAUCAAUUAGUCAUUUUAAAUUAAAUUAUCUUAUGUAA